GUAGAAUUUGACAGAAAAUGGCUGAAAAGUCCUUUUUUGAAACUGCGCAGAGCAAUUACCUUAGCGUAAUCAUAAACUUCAAUAACCUACGAUUCAUGACUCUGGUCAAAGAUAAUGCUCUCAUAUCAGAUUUAAUGAAAGAAAUAGAAAAAACAUAUUCAAAACUCUGUUCUGCUAAAGUUAAUAUCAAGACGUUAAAGAACUCAGCGAAUGCAGUUCUUCCAUCCUGGUAUCCUAUUGCUCCUUUGGUCAAAAAUCAGGAUGAGAUUUAUGCCUUUUCUGGUGACGCGACAGAGGUUUUUGGUAUUCAUUUGAGAAUGCAUGGGAACACUGGCCCAAAUGAUGUGGUCAUGCCAACCAUAUCACCUUCAGCCUCACUUCUCAGAACUGACUCUGGAUUUACAAGUCCUCUGACGAAGCCUGGGACAUCUGGGGAAAGAGAUGGAUCACCUGAGAUAACAGGAGUAAACGAGGGAUACCAAGGUCAACAAUUGAUCAGUUCUGAUAGGAAUGUAAGCCAAGAUGAAGGCAAUGAAUUAUUAAGUGAAAUAUUUAGCUUUAAGGGUAAUACACCAAAGAAGAAUGAAGAAAACUCUGGAAAGGACAAUAUUGAGGUAGAAAGGAUUAUUCCACAGGGCUCCAAAAGCAUCAAAGAAACUAAAAAUUCACCAAGAAAAAGAGAUGGUGCUUUAGGAGUGCAAUCAAGCUCUGUUGGAGGAAAGGCAUUGGACAAGGGAAAGGAUACAGCUGUGGUUUUGCCAGAGAAGACUGCUUCAAGUUGUGAUGGAAGCAGUUGGGGGACAGAUUAUUCGUCUGAGAAAGGUAAGAAAGACAAGACCAAACAGACACAACCUGAAAAAAACAAGAGUUUGAAAUCUGAAGAGCUAAGAAAGGAUCCCAACAAAAAAUCUCAACAACUUGAACCUUCUGAAAAAAAUCAAAUGAAAAAGAAUCCUAUUCUGAAAAUACAAGUUAAGAGAAAGAGUUCUUCACGAACGAAAACUGUUGAAAAAGACCACAAAAGCGACUCUAGCGAUACCUCAACAGAUGAUGAGGAUUUUGACAAAGAUCUUGGUAACAAGAAAGCAUCAGUUGUGAACACACAGCCUACGAAAUCCAAGUCGCCUUUCAAAAAGCCGGCCGAGGAUUCGAGCAAAAAGGAGAAGCGUUGCAGUGAAAAUAUGGAAGAUGGUGUUGUUGACGGCGUGCGGAAGGAAUUUAGCAAGAAGACAGCCGCUGAAACCGUUUCCAAAGAUACCUUACCAAAGCCAGAAACUAUGGACAGUGAAAGUUGGAGCGAUAGUUCCUCUGAGAGUGAAGUAAUAAUCGACAAAAAGGUUGAUGUUGUUCAAAAGACGUCGGACAAAACAACCGAGGGCGAGGCAGAAAAAUCAAAAGAUAGAAAGAAUAAUUCGCCUAAGGUGUCUGCGAAAAAAGGAAAUAUCUCAAUCUCUGGCCAGAAGAAAAAACAACUCGGCAACACAAAAGAAAAGGUCGAGGAUUCCUCAAGUAGUGGUUCAGACAUUAGUCGCUCGGAUUCCGAGAAGGAAGACAGUUUAAUUGAGAAAAAGGGCGAUAAAAACAAGAACGACGGUAUAACGGAAAGCAGCUGGAGUACAAGUGAAGAUGAAGAAACCAGAAUCAAAACAAUAACAAAAGACAAAAAUGAAACGAAACAGAACGAUCGCAGUGAUAAAAGGAAUCCUAAUCAUCCCACAUCUGUACACAAGAAAAUGGAGGGAAAUACAAUGAACAGCAAAGAGAAAAAUGAAGUUAAAACCAACGAGAAAAACAAGCAAACUAAUUUGAAAAUUGCGCCAUCACCGGCGAAGAGUGUCAGGAGUAAGAAGGGUAAAGAAGAUGGUACAACUAACAUGGCUAAAUCUCCUGCUAACACAAAGACUCGAGGUAAAGAGAACACUUCAGCCAAGAAUGAAACCGACCAUUUAAAACGUGAAAAGCUUAAAGGCAAAGAAAUUGAAACGCAGUCAAACAGCGAAAGCUCGCUUUCAACGUUGAAACCUCCGUUUACUCAACUUUCUGCCAAAGAAAAAAUAAAGACGAGCGAAGAUAAUGCAGCGAAGAAGGGUGAUGAAAUAAUCAAAACACCAAAAUCGAAGAGAAAACAUAGUUUGGCUGACGAGGGAAAAAACCGUCAACAACUGGAUGAUUCCAACAUAUGGUCCUCUCAAUCACCAUCGAAAUCUCAAAAGUCGUCUGUCAUGUCGUCAGCAAGUAAGGUCGCAUCUUGGCUCUUGUCAAAUCCUGUGUUGGACACUGUAGACGAUGGCGUACCUAGCAACGAUUCUCCAAAUAAGAGAAAGAAACAUUCAAAGAAUAAAAGCAAAGGUGAAGCCCCUGGUGGUGAGCUUGGAGACGCUCAGAAAACGAAGUCGGAUUCAAAAAACAAAACAAAUGAAGAGUCGACUGUGAAUGAUAUCGAAAGUGCUAAAACAAAGGAUAAAAAUCAGGCGCAAAAGAGGAAGAUGGAGGAUAAUAGCAAAGAAAAGCAAGGAAAUAAGAAGAACAAGAAAAAUAAAUUGGAUGAAAAAGACGGUAAACAAGAAAUUGAGGAAAAAGUUCAAGAUAAACAAGAAAAUACCCCGAUCAAACCUGAGAAAUCCUCAAAGAGGAAGAAUACGUUGCUUUCGUUACCAAAGGUCUCCAAGGGAUUGUCAGCUUUAAUGGAGGAUGAAAGUGAUUACAACCGGAAGAGCAACAAUAAAGGAAAGAAAUCCAAACUCAUUCCGCCAGCAGUGACUCGUGAGGUGAAAUCAACUGGAUUUCUGACGCCAUCGGACAGCGUUGCACGAAAAACCAGCGGAUCCAAAACACCAAAAUCACGAAUCAAAAAAAUCUCAUCUUCACAACCGAGUAAAACGAUUGAAUUGAACGCAAAAGAAAAAGAAUUUCUCGAUAAUGGAGCUCUAAACCUGGAAACACUACUGAACGAUGAAAGUAUCAAAUGGUAGCACACAUGAAUUGUACUGGAUUUGAAAAAUACUCCUUGGUAUAAUAUAUUAUACUUUAAAAGAUUAUUCAUAUGAA